GUUCUGUCCAACGGGGAGCCGUGUGUUCUGCUGCAGGCAAAGAAACUUUCUCUUCGCUUUGAGAAGCAGAAAUCUCUGGAUCUGACAGAACGGGCCUUUUCUCCUCAGAACCCUGUGGACACCGGUCAGUCUGUCUGCCGUCGGGACCAAGCCUCGCUGAUCAUGAGAUUUGGAGAUGUGGACAAUUUGAGAGAUCUUUCAAUCAGGCUGCAGCUCUCCAACACAUUUUAUCAGUCUUCUGGUCGGUGGUGGUUCUCGCUGGACGACAUCACUCUUUUCUACAACACCUCAGAAGAAGCUGUGUUCAACGCCACCGAUGUUUUUGCCCCGGCCUCUUCCUCCUACCGCUGCCUUCAUGUCAGCAGUCUGCAYAGAUACAGCGGUCUGUUGCAGCCGAGCACAGACCGAGCACGCCGUUGGUCCAUCACCUUCAUCGAUUUCCAGAUCCAAGCAUUCAAUGUGAGCUUUGGUAAAUUCUCUCCCGCGAGCGACUGCACCACUGUCCUGACCCCGGCCAUUCUGAUGGGCCUCGUCACAUCCCUCAUCCUGCUGCUGGUGUUGGCCUACGCCCUGCACAUGGUGGUCCACCUCAAGCACAUCCAACACGAUGACGAGCUGAAAGUCGACAUCUACUUCCCCCAAAGCCCCGAGCUCCUCGAAGCCUGCUGUGAAGACACCAUUGCUGAGAAAAAUGUUAUUUAAAAAAAAAAAGAGAGACACAGCUGGUGUGGUAAACAAACCAAACCCAUGUUCAUUUUGUAAGCAAAUAUUUUGUUUUGUAUUUUGACUGUUUGUGCAAUGCAAAUGUUUUGAAAACUCAUUUAAUAAAAACUUUUUAAAUAAUCCUUUUACAAGUGC